GGAUGUUGGGAUUUUCCAUUCUACUUUGUCUCUUGCCGCUCGUUCAUCUCGUCCGGAGAUUCAACUCUGCAGAGUGUGAUGCUCUUGAUGGAGAAAUUCGUGGGUUUGGUCUAGAUUUUGCCCUAGAUUUGGGGUUUUAAGGACUUGCAGGCUUUUCAAUUUUGUAAUCUAGGGUUUCGUCCUGCUCCUCUGUGUAUCGUAGAAUACGCCUGUGAUAUUUAGUAAAAUUUUCUUCAAUUCGAUUGCUGAACAGAUAUUAUCUUCAGGAAAUUUCAGUUUUCGGUUCUGAUUCGGGUUCAUGGUUCUCUGUUAGCUCGAACUCGACCCUUUGGACGUCGAGCUAAAGAUCAUUUGUACUUGUUAAGGGAAUCGUUUGAUUUUUCUGGGUUUUAAUGGUGAUCUCACUGAUUGUUUGCUAUAUUUUCUCUGGUGCAUAUUUGUUCUGGGAUGCUCAAUUUGCUGUUCCUCUGUGCAGUGCUUGCUGGGCUUGCUUUCAUGUUUUCAUCGAGUAUCCUCUUACAGAUCCUGGCUUGUGCAAUAUACGGUAAUUGGUGGCCGAUGCUAUCAGCACUUAUGUAUGUGGUCGUGCCUAUGCCUUGUUUGUUCUUUGGAGGAGGUUCCACCCAAUUCCUGAUUAGCCGAGACGGUGGAGGUUGGAUAGAUGCAGCCAAGUUCUUGACAGGAGCUUCGACGGUUGGAAGCAUAGCUAUUCCGAUCAUCUUAAGGCACGCACAAAUGAUCGAGACUGGUGCAAUGCUCAUAGAAUUCACGUCGUUCUUUAUAUUCGUCUGCACCGUCCUGUGUUUUCACCGGGCUAGCAUCGAUGAUGACUGGUGACUGUAACUGUAACUGUAAGUAAGGUUCAAUGGCAAAUCUCAAUUUCACAACGGAGAGAGAGUUUCAAAAGUAUUGAGAUGAUGAAUCACCCACUUCUGUAAAGCUUUGUAUCAGUCAAAGUGUCUGUAAAGAUCUUAACUUUCACAUCAACUGCUUGUGUUUGAUCUUUUUUUUUUUUGCUUUUUCAGUCGUCGUAGGCGAAAAGGUAACCGGUAUCAGAUAUGUUAAGUUGUCGUUU